UUCCCUUACUACCCGCAACCUCAAUAUGCUGUGCCGCCGUUCUAUGGCUCUCAAUUGCAAGGAGCGCAAGAAAUUCACUCAUCUUCAGUACGACCCCAUUCUGAUCUGCCUGGCUUGCAAUUGCAAGAGAACAGCCACAGCAGCAGUAGCAGCACUGGUCCAAAGAAGAAAAAUCGUUGGACAGACACUGAAGAAAAGAUCUUGGUGGAGCUGUUUCGAGAAAAUGAAGAUAAGCUGCGAUACAAAGCCUUCAGCUCCCCUGAAUGGCUGUCGAUUGCUCGCCAGCUGCAGUCGCGGUGCAAGGAACAAAACGUAGACAGCGACAAAACGCCACAACAGUGCAAGAACAAAUUGGCAAAUUUGACAAAGAAGUAUAAAAACACCAAAGACAAGCUUCGGUCGACAGGAUACGGCAGAUACUAG